CAAUCAUGGUUAUGAUUCAUAUUGUUUACAUUAUUUGAAAUUUUAUCUCCGGAAUUGUACGUGAAAUAAAAUUCAGGAAAUGGGAAAGUCAUAAAAAUAUCAUUAUAAUUGCAGUAACAAAUAUUUUACAGAAGUAACAGUUUUGGCAGGAUAAUAUUUUCAAUUUACACAAGUAUCAAAAUUAUCUGCUUAUAAGGUAACUUGUGUAUAUACCAAGAAGUGGGGAGAAGGCCACACUUCAAUGACAAGUUAGGAAUCGUAUGUUUCCUUUUACUGUUUUAAACUUAAAAUAAAUAUGUCAAUAUUAUUAAACAAUGUCACCAAUAGCAUUUGGCACGCUUUUAAUGCACUUAGUAGUGAUAACAAUGGAAUCGUGAUGAAGUCAAAACUCAAGGUUCUAACGGCAAACAUCGGAACUUUGCUUGAUCUUUACGGAGUUGAAAAGGGCCUUGAACACUUUCGAAGCACACCAAGCCUCAACUUCCAACACUUCAAGUAUUAUCUACUGAAAGAGGUGUUUUCAUCACUGCCAGAUUCCUUGACUUUGCAAGAUUUGAGAGAAUACGAGUCGAAAAUAGACGAGGUCUGCUGGUUGAUUUGUAAAAAAAAUUACCUCCAGCGAGAUUUAGAAUCACGUGACACAAUUUUGUCCGAUACAUGUGUCUAUCAGUUGUUCAGAGUGUUUUGUCUAUUGGGAGACCUGACGUCAGAUCCAAAAAACCAGGAUUCGUAUCAGGUUGUGAUGCACACUUGGGAAGUAGGUUUGAUCACGUCACAACUCGUCACCUCUCUAGGCUCAGAGUGGGACAGGGAGGACUACGAAGCUCUGGUGUACAACAUGUCUGGCUUAAGACUAUCCAUGCUAAUUACACUGCUGGAAACCAAAUAUCUCACGAACAUAGAUCCUGCGGUGGUCGAGGAAGCUGUCACAGCCCUGUCACACACAUUUGUUGACGACAUCAUCAAAAAGGGUUGUCUGCAAAAGAAAGGUUACUUGUUGGGCACGAUGCGGGAGUACUGGUUUGUGCUGCAGCCUACGCAACUGACCUACUACAAGAACCAAGAGGAGAGAGAGCAGUGUGGUAUUAUCUGUUUGGAUCCUCAGUGCUGGGUCGACUCAACACAGCAACGCAUUCUUCUUCACACCAGGGAGAGAUGCUUUGAACUUGGUGCUUACGAUCAUAGGACACGAUUGCAGUGGUUGUCAGCCCUGCAGCUGGCCAUAUCACAGUCGGGUGGCUCGCAGGGCUACCAACGUCAGCUGGCGGCUCGGCGACGACGGCAGAGGGAAGCAGAGGUGGAAGAGAAGCGUAGAAGGUCCAGCCUCAUACAGGACAUGGGGCGAGAGUUGCAGGCGGAGAAAAUGGCAAGAGUAGCUGCUGAACUUCAAUUUCAAGAAGUCAAAAUUGAGAAAGAGAAGCAGCUGGAACAGCUGGAAGCUUUAUUAGAGGAAGAAACUCAAGCAAAACGAGACGAGGAGAUCGUGAGAAACUUACAAGCUAGAGUUUUAAGAGAGGAGUGGGAAAAGAGAGAAGAAUUGGAACGACUUCAAGAAGAACAAAGGAUAAUGUUGGAACAAGAAAGAGAGAAGAGGAUAGAGUUUGAAAGGAAACAAAAGGAAAAAGAAGCACAACUGCAAGAGGCUGAACGUAGGCUUCGAGAACUGGAAGAAGAGCGGCAAAAGUUAGACAUGGAGCUUCACAGAACUCAAGAUAAAAUGACCAUCACAGAAAAAUGUAUGACCGAACUGCAGACUUCACUAAUAAAGACUCCAAAUCCCCAAGUGAAGGUUCGAAGAACUAUGUCUUUCAUGCCUUCCACCAGAGACAAGCCUCCAAGGUCGUAAAUCGUAAACUAAUUCUAAGUCAAAUACCUCCCGUUGCCAAUCUAUUGAUAUUUAUUACUAAUUUCUUUUAUUAUAUUUAUAAUCUUUCCCAUUUUAGUGAUAAUCUUAGGUAAGAGUUUUAUUUAUACCCCUGUGUAGGAUUUAGAUGCCACUUUCCCAAUGGUAGUAGAUCGUUAUCCUCGGUAGGAGCAGGACUUUCUAUAAGCGUACAUAUUUCUGAUGUGACUUAAUCUAAACCAAAAUCUGUAGCUUUGUUUUCCCCUGUUACAGCUCUUUCAAAUUUGUUAAUUUGACCAAUAAAAAUUGUCACAUCUUUACAAAUACACCUAGCAUGCCCUAAUUUUUUAAAUAAAAAAGCUACUAACCAACCAUAGAGUGUAUUUUGCAUAUGAUUGAGUUAGCUAUAUCUUUAGUGCUUCUGCGAUUCCUACAAACGAGCAAUAUUUUCAAAUCAUAUUUAAGUAUAUUUGUAACUUGUCUUCCAUUUUUAUCGCAUAAUUAGUGUUUUAAAUACAUGUUACUACAUUUUCUUGCCACAUACUACUUUUAUGUUAGAUUUUUUUUUAACCGUUGACACUUUUGUAUGUGUAAAUAAAUUUGAAAAGAGGACAUACCUUUGACAUCUUGUUUGUUCUUCAAAAAGUGUUUUACAUUUAUGUUCUGUCCCUCUGUUUAAAGCCUUGGUUAUAAAAUAGGCUUUAUGUUUCAUAAUAAUUGUUCAUAAUAAUUGUUUCAUAACCAGGGCUUAAAACUCAAAUGUAGUUUUUUUCCAAUGGAAUAGACUUUACAUGUAUUUACCUAACUAUGUUUUAAAUGUAUUUUUUACUGUUAUAUAUAUUUUUAUUUUUAUUUUUAUUUUUAAUAUAUUAGAUUACUAAGCCAGUUAAGCCAAGAAUUUGAGUGCAAAUAUGCACUUAAUAAGUUAAGAGUGCUUUAAUGAUAGUGCCAAAAGAUUAUGACGAUGAUUUGAAACGAUAAUCUCAUCAUGCACUCGUUUCUGUCUGCAUAAUCUAAAUUUGUGAGCUUUGUUUCACAACGUGUGACCCUGUGUGUGUAUUUUGUGUGUUUAAUGUUUCUUGUUUAUAUUUAGCAUGUUUAUAUUGUAACUUAUUUUUGUGCAUUUAUUUUAAUCUAAUUAGAUUUUUAUGUUGUUCACAACAUACUAAGAUAUAAAAUGAACUUUCAAUAAUUUGUAGCUAAGCUUUUUGUUCUUUGCUUUAUAAAACUUAACCAUAAGGUAAAAUGGUUUUAAAAUUGGUUCCAUCAUGUUAGUGUUGUUCAUUUUUCAUGAUUUUUAUCAAGCAUAUUGUGAUACCUUUAAUCCCAAACAUUCCUUAAUGUGCACAAUGUGAAAAUAAUAUUUACAUUCCAAUUUCAGCUGUGAUUUAUAAGCAAGUCGUUUUCAUAUUGCAAACUGAAAUAUUCUUUAUAACUUGAAGGAGGCAUUGAACAUUGUUAUUUUACAGAGUUAUGCUGCUUAUUUGUAUUAUGGUGCUAUUCUACCAACAUUUAUACAUAUUUGACUUGUAGCGAUGGAUGUAAACAAGUUGUUUCUACCAAACUAUAGAGACAUAUUUGUAUCAGUGGCGGAUAUUUUUUUGGGGGGGGGGCCGAGAUUAAUUUAAGGUUAGGUUAAGUAAUUUCAAGUAGACACGUCACGAUACUUUAUCUCAGUUUUGCUGUGGUAAUUUGUGCUAAAUGUGACCUUUACUUUACCAAGAUCACGCUGUAUCAUUAUAUCGUUCCAUCGUAAAAAUGUAUUUAUUGUUAAUCCAAACGAGGAAAAUAUCUCAAUUACCAAAUCAAAACCUUGGUCAAGAUUUAACAGUGUGUCAUCCCAUCUGUAAACACUUAUCCAAACCUAAGGAGUCAAAUACCCGAUUGUGAUUAUCAUAUUCGGAGGGGUUCUAACUAUAAGUAUUCUUCUGUGCGAACUGCAAAACGUUGACAUUUCAGUACAACAUAUGUCAAACAGAUGUAAAUAAAAAUAACAAACAAUAACAAUGGCUGCCACUGAACUGACUGAACCCUGUCGCAAACGCCCCUCCCCCCUCGAGCAUACAUAUACAUAUAUUUUUUACUGCAUGUAAUACAGUAGUGCAUACACAUUGCGUAAAAUAAUUUGUCACACUAAUUUUGGACAAAUUAAUGGUAUAAAACUGCCAUUUUGUAGACUUAGUUUACACAAAUUUUUCGUGGAGGUACCCCUGAACCCCCCAGACCCCCUGGUUUGCCCCUCCCUUGUGACAGUUCUAGAUCCGCCACUGGUCAUCGGUAAAUAUGCUGGUCUCUAGUGGUCGCCGCUGCAAGCGCAGAUAGCCGGGCGGAUGGUGGGAGCUCGAUUCAGUCUGAAUCAACCCGAACUAUCACUUUCUGCCACAGCGAUCCCUUGGCUCAUGAUUCAUGAUAAAUAAUUUAUAUGUUGUGGUACCUAUUUUUUCUUCAUAUCCAUUAUUUUGGGGGGGCCGGCCCCCCUGGCCCCCCUCCCUUAUAUUUGCCCAUGAUUUGUAUUACAACUUAUUAGAUUCUAUUUGCCGUUUUCUAGCCUUUUACGAUUAAAUGUAAUACCAGCGUAGCCCACUUCAUCAAUUAUGUUCAAUCAGGUUUUUUUAAUAAACAGCCCAGUUAUGUAUAGGUUCAUUCAUCGUCCCCAACCAGAUCUGACCAUAUGUUUCCAAAACUAUUUUGUGCCAAAAUAUAAUUAAAAGCGUUUUGUUAAUACAUCUAUUGUCUUGCCUUAGUAAUUUUUGUAUUUUUCCAUGAAUGUUAAUCUUGGGUUCGAAUCCCGUCAAUCACCAAUUAGCUGUGUGAUAAUUUCGCGACCCUCUAGCUACAGCCUAGCAUCUUGUGAUAGGAAGUUAGGACAUGAAAAAGUAUAUAACAUAUUAUAAUACUCCCAAUUUCCUCAUGUAAUUUUUAGGCUGCUAUAAAAACAUUCUAAAUACCGAUGUGUUCCUUUCCAUAUCAGUCAAUGUGCAUUUACCAUCUGUUCCUCCUCGCAAAAGUAUUUCUUGUUCUAUAGCUGCUAUUAGAAAUCAGUUGAAAGAGAAAGGUUGUAUGUUUUAUGAAUUGUUGAAGUUAAGACGAUAUUAUUUAAGCAAGCUAUUCGGGACAUUUAAACUGUUGAUAUUUGUAAAAUGAUGUAGUGUAUGAAAAAGAUAAGUACAAUUUUAUAUUUGAUGUUAAAAUAUGUUGUACAGUAAACCAUCAUUAAACCACAGUAAUUUGAGUUUCCAUCAAAUGUGACAAAGGCACAAAUGUGAACAUUCACAUUUGUGCCUUUGCCACAUGUGUUUUGUGCUUGGAUAAAAUAAAAUACUAAAUUUAAAGAAAAACAGUGGAAUAUCGGAGUUGUUUUGAUACGUUUUUUUUACAAAAAAUUUACAAAAAAGUUUUGAUAGUGUAUUCUAAUCCACUAUAGUUCUAGACAGCCUAGAUGGGCCAAGGGCUGGGUCCGUUGUCUUAAGCUUAAGAAGGGUAAUUUUUUACCUGUGCUUUGUUAAUAUUACUCCUGCUCAGCUGAGUUUACACUAAAGAGGAUUAAGGAAGCCAGUUUCAACAAGUAAUUUCCUUUACAAUACUUAAUACAAACAAAACAAUGUAUUAUUGUGGUUUAUUUAAAAGUCCUUGUUAAUUUUAUACCAAAUUUCACGCAAAUUGGUCAACGUUUACAUAUUUGUGUUCGCAACGAUCAAAUGUGUAAACAUUAACCGAUUUGCAUGAUAUUUGGUUCGGAAUUAACAGAAAUGUUAAGAGAAACCACAUCAUCUCAUUGUUUUGGUUGUAUUUGUAGUAUUAAAGAAAACUACUAGUUGUUAUUAGCCUCUUUAGACCCGUUAUAUGUGAAGUAAUCGUGUCGCAAUAAUAAAAAGACUUGCAACUACACCAGUGAAUAAUACCUGGCUUAGGAAAUGGACCCAGACUUUGUUUCACCAUAGGCUAUGCAGAACUUUACGCACUAAGGUGUGCAACAAAAUUGCUUAGUUUAUGAAUUGCGCAAUCCUAACUUUGCUGAACGAAUUCUAAACAAAAUGUUGUUUAAAUGUCCGUGCUAAAUGGAAAGUGAAAGUAAAAUAGAAAUCUGGUUUAAUAAGGGUUUACCGACUCAUUGUAAUAUUGAGAUGGAUGUUUUGUAUUGAUCGUUCUAACUAUAUCCAAGAAUGUAUUUUUGUAUUAAGUAUUUCAUUACGUGAUGAUUUAGAGAUUUAUAAAAUUCUAAUUUAUUAAUAUGCUAUGUUAUAAAUAUUGCAAAUUUGUUUCGUUAAUAACUAACACUUACAGGUGACAUAAAAGCCUGAAAAUUUUAUAAUAUAUUGAUAGAUAAAUUAAAUAUACUACAACUACGUUUACAAUCACAAACCUGCAGAACACAACAAGCAAACUCGUUAACUUAUAUAAAAAUUUCAAAAUAUAUUGACUUAUGUUAUAUCUAAAUAAUAAUCACAAAAAUAUUAAGAAUUUAAUUUUGUCUAUUUGAUAAUCUAUAUUAAUAUAAUGUAAAAUAUCAUCAGCUUACUUAGAGUUAAUAGGGCAAAAUCUUUGGUUGCAUUUUAUUUUCCAACACUUAAUGAGAGAUUGUGUUUUUAAUGGAACAUUCGACUUACAAAAAUAAAGUCAAUAAAAACUUUCAAAUCAAUCAGUACCGAAAAUAUUUGUUAACUCGAACCAUGAAUUAAAUCCAGAACUGUUGCCUACAAAAAUUAACCAAUCCAUCAAUAAGCACACUGCACAGUCAGAUUAACAACUGUACCAUACUGUACUACCAACUGUUGACUGUAACAUAUAAAAAUAAAAUAAGUUUUUAGUAGAAAAUGUGUCAUAUUAUGAAUAUUACUUGCCAUUU